GUUUUCGACAAAACAGCAAUGUGUCAGCUGUGCAAACAGCAACCGAGCUAAGUUGGGGACAGAUUUUGAUAAAUAAAGUGCAAUCCACGUUAUUUGGAAUGGAUGUGAAUUUCAAAAAGUUUCAACCUUCUGAGUGUUUUGAUGCUGGGAAUACUGUGCGAUAACAACCCAGGUUACAACUGCCCGUGGAAGGUCUUACUCAUUCUAUACCGAAUCUAUUGAAAUAUCUACGCACUCGAUAACACUAUCAGUGCUUGAAGUUGUAAAAACACGAGCAGCUGAAAUGCGUCCGCGAAAAACGUUUCUCAUCGCGACAAUCCUUGUAGGAUGGAUUUUUACAACAUACCUAAUAUUUCUAAAGAAUUUCAAGGAUUCAAACCCUCGGAGAGAUCAUGAAGUGAUUCAGAAAGUUCGUUUGUUGGAGAAAACGAUCCAAAUGGAGGAAGAGAAUAGAGAGAAGCUGUACCGUGAGGUUAUCAGAAUUCUCCAGAAGGAGGAAAAAACUACUAGUCCCGAAUCACCACCCGCAGUAGUAAACAAUGUUGUCCAUCCGAAAGAAGUAUUAGAGCAGGGUGGCGAAUCUCCACCACAACCGGAAGCUGAGGUGAUACUCAGCAAAUUUCAACACAAGUACGUCGAUGAUGAUGUAAACAGUCCGAUCAUUCCGGUUUUAGUUUUUGCCUGCAAUCGACUUUCGGUAAAUAGAUGUUUGGACGAUCUGAUCAAACAUCGCCCGAGAUCAGAUCAGUUUCCUAUCAUUGUUUCCCAGGAUUGCGAUGACGAAGCUACGCGAAGCAUGAUUUUGUCGUACAAGGACAAUGUUACACUUAUUCGUCAGCCAGACCAAACGGACAUAACGGUACUACCAAAGGAGAAAAAAUACAAGGGAUAUUACAAAAUUUCCCGUCACUAUGGUUGGGCACUGAGGACGGUUUUCAAGCAAGGUUUCGAAUCGGUAAUUAUCGUGGAGGAUGAUCUUAGUAUCGCACCGGAUUUUUAUGAAUACUUUCUGGGCACUUAUCCAAUAUUGAAAAAAGAUCGUACGCUUUGGUGCAUCUCGGCUUGGAACGAUAACGGCAAGGAGGGACUAAUCGACAAUGCUGCUAGCGAGCUGUUGUAUCGGUCGGAUUUCUUCCCAGGGCUCGGCUGGAUGAUGACCAAGGAGCUGUGGGAGGAAUUGGGACCCAAAUGGCCAAAAGCAUUUUGGGAUGACUGGAUUCGGCAACCCGAGCAACGCAAAGAACGGGCUUGCAUCCGCCCUGAAUUGCCUCGAACACGAACUUUCGGAAAAAUUGGUGUUUCAAAUGGGCUGUUUUUUGAUAAACAUCUAAAGUAUAUAAAGUUGAGUGAAGAAUAUGUUACCUUCACUAAGAUGAAUUUGACAUAUUUGCAUAAAUCCAUUUACGAUGACAUGUUCCUGAAUGCGGUUUACCAAAGUCCAAUUGUUACAUUGGACGAACUCAAACGAGGUCAGGUAGUGACCAAGGAUCCCAUUCGGAUUACGUAUCUUACCAAAGAGCAGUAUAAACGUGCUACCAAGAACCUGGGUCUAAUGGACGAUUUUAAGAGCGGUGUACCCCGAACAGCCUACCGUGGCGUCGUAUCUUUUUUCUAUAAUGGGCAGCGUGUUUAUCUGGCCCCCAACACGAACUGGAAAGGAUAUGAUCUAACCUGGAGUUAACAGCAACGAGUAGUGGUUCCACGGCAUGCAAGUUUUAGCGUAUUUUUAAGCAAUCUACUGGGGAUACACUGGAACAGAUAAGGUUUUCCGAUGGAAAGCGAUCUCUUGUAUCAUGCGUACUAACAGACAGACUGAACUUCUAUUGUUUCCUACGAACUACCAUCAUCAUGCUCAAACAACAAUUUAUAGUAGACUCUAUAUGCCGAAAACUUGAAACCGAUAUCUUGCUGUAAUACAACAUCACUGCUUUCUCUAUUCCGUUUAGUUAGUUUGAACUGUCAGUUUUAAUAGUUUAUUUUUCCGAGAACCUAGACUAGGUAAUGUUACGCGAGAAUGCUUUAAUUGUUAGUUGGGAUUUGGUGGGGUAUGAGCAUUAAUAUUCGUUUUAAAUAAUUUAAACCCUGGUUUUAUCAGUGCCCAAUUUCAAAACCGAUAAAUGAGAUAUGUCAAACAUAAAGAAUUUAUUUAAAUUUGAUACUAGUCAAAUGUCAAAAAACAGACACCUGUUUAUGUCACAUCGGUAGCUAUCCUUCCGUUUGGGAAACUUACUAUCUGGGAUGGUAAUUUUUAUCGGCAGAAUGAGUACUGCAAAUUGAUUUAAUUUUUGAAAUCAAAAGGCUAUUUUCGUAUUUACUGUAUUCCUAUAUUCGCACCUAGAUGGUCAAAAAAUAAGGCUUGUGGAGUAACAUGUCCUAUCUACACCAGUGUGAAUUUAGUAUACUUCGGAUAACAACAAAUUCAGCAAUGAUUAGAAAAUUAUGAUUCUAGACUAGAGAAAUAAACAUCUUACGAAUAAUUUUACAUGUUCAACAGAUUUUUGCUGGAUAUUUUUCAGUAUCAAACAGUGGAAUGCCAAUUCGUUAUAAGUAUGUUUUAGGUUCUACAAAACACACAAGUGAGAGUUUAGGAAAUGUACCGUUCAUGGGCCCUAUUCUCACAGUCACGUCACGUAGUGACUAGAACAAAAUUUCCUUCUAGUCACUAAGUGACGUGACUGUGAGAAUAGGGCCCCAUAUAGCUGAACAAUAGUGAGAUCUCAAAAGUAAUUUUUCAAUGGAUUUCUACCUGACUAUUCUCUUCGUGUGUGAAAGGAAACAAAUCUAUGCAUUACACAAUAGAAGCCAGUGAUUGGCUGUGAUACGAUAAACAGUCUAUAUG